UCGAGCUGCGAAAAAGGGCAAAAAAAAAAAAAGCAAAAAGAUUUGUGUAGCAGCAAGCAAGAAGAUUGAGCAGCUAGCUGCACCAGAAAAUCCUUUAACAAAGAGUUAAUGGCAUCUCAGAAACGAACAUUCGGAUUUGUUAUCUUUGCAAGUCUCUUCAUUGUUUUGGCGGUCAAUCAAUCCGCUGCUGCUGUAGCAGCUUCCCCGCCUUUAGAUCAGGGUAGCAGAAGUAGCAGCAUUACUUUCCGCGGCGGAAGGAUCAGGAAUUCUUCUGUAGCGGCCGCCAGUGGCUAUCCUGAUGAAGAAGAAGAUGAUGAUGACGUCGUGGUGCUGUCCCUGUACUACGAGUCUCUGUGCCCAUACUGCGCAAACUUUAUAGUGAAUCAACUGGUGAAGGUGUUUCAAACAGAUCUCGCCUCCAUCGUUCAACUCAGGCUUGUCCCUUGGGGUAACACCCAAAUUACACCAAAUAACGCAUGGGUUUGCCAGCACGGUCCCGAUGAAUGUAAACUCAACAUGGUGGAAGCCUGUGCUAUCUACGCUUGGCCUAAUCCGAGAACGCAUUACCAGAUUAUAUAUUGCAUAGAGCAGCUGCGGUUAAACAACAGAUGGCAAUCUUGUUUUCCGACGCUGGGACUGACUUCGACGCCUAUUUCGAAUUGUCUCAGCACAGGACUGGCAGUUAAGCUUGAACGAGGGUAUGCUGAUGAAACUGCUCGUCUUAAUCCCCCUCACAGAUUCGUGCCAUGGGUGCUUGUGAAUAAUUUACCCCUUCGAGAAGACUACCAGAAUUUCGUGUCCUACAUCUGCAAAGCUUACCGGGGUAGACUGACACCCCAAGCCUGCAAAUCAUACAAGCUGGAGGUCAACUCAGUUAAUAUGGUGAAUCCCAUCCAGGCAUGCUUUCCAGAGAAUGCUACAAGCGGGAUACAAUUCGAUCCUUCAGGACCUUCACUUGAACAGCCAGGAACAUACAAUUAAUGCCACAGAGAUAAUGAAGGAACCUCCAAAAUUCAUUCCCCGAAGGCCACUUUCCAUGUCUAUCACAGAAGGAAAAUAACAUCGUGUUGAAGUUACAGAGUCAAGCUAUGGCCCUUGUGCACGCAUGCUGAUGUUAUACUAUUUCAAUCAGUGUUUUUUUUU